UGCAUACUGCAUACAACUAUACAUGUAUAUAAAUAUUAUACAUGCAUACAAUUUUAAAACCGAUUGUAUGAGUACAUUCUAAAUAUCAAUAAAGCUCCUAUCGCCGCAGAAGGGGUCCUCCUCGCUCGUACGCUGAGACAGAAUGAUCAGUAGAUCGAGAUAACAUACAUACCCCACUGGGGGUGUCCUGGUAGCGUACAUUGUGAGGAAUAUAGUCAGGAUGCUAGCUGGUCUUGUCUUCGUCAUAGUGGCCGUGGUAGCAUCAUACCAUGGCUUUGAGUACUUUAAGAUGAAGUCUCCUGGCUACUACGAAGCAUUAGAACGACGCCAUGUGACUAUAAACGUUAAACGGGGAAUGUUAGAGUUGUCCGUACAGUCUAUAGAUCAGCGGUUGAUGCGUUGGUGGUCUCGGCAAUCGCAGCGCGCGAAAUGGAUGUAUUCCUUCUGGUACAAAUUAGGUAGUUUCUACGGUCCCUUAGCCCAGGUUUGUAUCAUGGCGGUUCUUACUGUUAACGUUGCUGUAGCGGGUGUGCGAUUGCUCUCCUUCACACACACGGACCAAUCAGAAACCUUCUCUGCCGGUGCGUCGGAGCAACACGCCGGAGAUAUAAAUAGAACAGAGCAUCUGAUUGGCGGAGAAGUAGCUUCCGAAUCUAUGCCAUACGGGGCGAUGGGUGCUGGAAUUUCGAACGACGUAACGCUGAUG